AUGCAGAGCAUGGGGGAAGGGCUGGGAUGUGACAGGAGAGGGUGGAUCUGUCAGUCAUUCUGUCAACCAGAGUUAUCAAAUGCUCACUGUGCAGAACUCUGCUUCAGAUCGGGUAUGGACACAGAGUGGUCUGAAAAUUAUGCAAAAGAGGCUCUGGACACCCUGGGAGGCCCCAAAUCAGUUUCAGGUACCAGAUUCUCUGUUUGCUGGUGGUACUGUGGCAGCAGGGAGUACCUCCCCCCGCCCCCACCUUGGUUCUCCUGCCUGAGAGGCUGGAGGCCUGUGGCAAAGCAACCCUUUAAGUCUUUUCUCUCUCCCUCCUGUUUAACAGCAGAAUGUCAACGCCGGGCUGCUUGUCUGGCUGUCUUGGGGGUUCAGUUGAGAGGCCAGGCCAUCUGUCUAAGUCUUGGGCUCCCAUAA